AAAGAUUGAGGUGGAACCAGGUCCUGAUUUGCCGGAAUUAUCGGGGAGAUGUGGAGAUGUCAGAAAUUGAACACUUCAUGUCUAUUUUGAUGGAGAAAGAGGAAGAGUGCUCCCUCACGCCAAUCCUGUCACAUGGAGUGGUUCGAUUCAUGUGGAUCAAACACAACAAUUUAUAUCUUGUUGCAACAUCCAAGAAGAAUGCUUGUGUCUCUCUGGUGUUUGCUUUCCUUUAUAAGGUAGUUCAGGUGUUUUCUGAGUACUUUAAAGAGCUGGAAGAAGAAAGUAUUCGUGAUAACUUUGUUAUAAUCUAUGAGCUACUUGAUGAGUUAAUGGACUUUGGUUACCCACAGACUACAGACAGCAAGAUCCUGCAGGAGUAUAUCACACAGGAAGGUCAUAAGCUGGACACUGGGGCUCCCCGUCCACCUGCAACAGUUACUAAUGCUGUAUCUUGGAGAUCAGAAGGGAUUAAGUAUCGGAAAAAUGAAGUAUUUCUUGAUGUUAUUGAAUCUGUCAACCUAUUGGUUAGUGCUAAUGGAAAUGUGUUACGUAGUGAAAUAGUAGGCUCUAUCAAAAUGAGGGUAUUUCUAUCGGGCAUGCCAGAGUUGAGGCUUGGACUAAAUGACAAAGUGUUGUUUGAAAACACAGGCCGAGGGAAAAGCAAAUCUGUGGAAUUGGAAGACGUGAAAUUUCACCAAUGUGUACGCCUCUCUAGAUUUGAAAAUGACAGAACCAUUUCUUUCAUUCCCCCUGACGGAGAGUUUGAGUUGAUGUCCUACCGUUUGAACACACAUGUCAAGCCUCUGAUCUGGAUCGAAUCUGUGAUUGAGAAGCACUCCCACAGUCGAAUAGAGUACAUGAUUAAGGCAAAAAGUCAGUUCAAACGUAGAUCGACAGCCAAUAAUGUUGAGAUCCACAUUCCAGUCCCAAAUGAUGCAGACUCACCCAAAUUUAAGACCACGGUGGGUAACGUGAAGUGGGUGCCAGAAAGCAGUGAAAUAGUGUGGUCAAUCAAGUCAUUUCCGGGUGGGAAGGAAUAUCUGAUGAGAGCACACUUUGGGCUCCCUAGUGUGGAAGCUGAAGACAAGGAGGGAAAGCCACCCAUCAGCGUGAAGUUUGAAAUUCCCUACUUUACCACUUCGGGAAUACAGGUACGUUACUUGAAGAUUAUUGAGAAAAGUGGCUACCAGGCUUUGCCAUGGGUUCGUUAUAUUACUCAGAAUGGAGACUACCAACUACGAACGCAAUGAAGGAAGAUUGCACUUGGAGAGUCAUUGGGAUGGGAGGAUCUAGUUCAGUGGAUUGUGUACAAGUGUUAGGUGUAUUCAUCAUGUUUCAGAUCUCUGUCAUAGAACAUCUUUCAUGAGGAAAAUUCAACAUUUCAACUGUGGAGCUGCAAUCUGUGGAGCUGGAAAAAUAAAGGCAGUAUUUUUCAUUUUCCCCACACAUCCCUGUCAUUGCCAAAUCUUCCUCUUGCUUUUUGUCCCUUUUGGAUAGUAAUUCUUUCUUUUUUUAACUUUCUUCUCUCAACAUUUGGGCAAGUUACACUGCUGGGCUGAACUUGGAGUGCUCCCGAAGGUUUGAGCGUUGUUCUUGCUUAGCAGUUGUAUUUUGAUGUGAGUGGGAAUUUCUUGUUUUAGGCUACAAUUGUUUUGUCUUGUCUCAUUCUCCAAACAGUUUCACAUUAAUUUGACACUAACAUGGUCAUAAUGUACUCGAAGCUGACCUCAGUUGCCAUCUCCCAUACCACCACCCUCCCCACUUAAUUAUGAAAAAGCAGUUGCAAAACCACAAAGAAUACAUUGCUCUCCUCGCAACUACACUAUGCAUUCCAAGAUUUGUCCAAUUAUGUGUUUUCCUUUUUGAUACAAAUGUAACUCCAUAUUCAGCAUGAAGUCAGGUGGUAGGCUUCAAUGCCACAGGGUGUUUACUCUGAUCUGAGUGAUUUAUCAGCUGGUGCUGCCAUCCCACAGUUUCCCACACCUCACAGCCCAUUCCGACCAGCAGAUGCAAGUUGGAAUUCCCCUGCAGUCUGACUGACAUGUUUUCCCCCUGCAUUCUGCUUGAGCCAAAGUGCGUGGCACAGGUCAGAUCCAUUAUUUUUUUUUUCGAUGCUUUGCUUUGCUCUCACUGCCAGUUUGAGCUAUAAGUGGGCUAAGCCUUUACUGACUAGCCAGUGCACUGCCCCUCUUGAUGUGUGUCGUGCUGAUUCUCCCUCUUGUUUCACGCCUGCUGAUCUCUCAUCCAUGCUGCCCGUCACAUCCACCAGUCAGUAUGAAUUUUCAGUCUGCUGUACGAGCAUUGUAUCUGUUACUGUUUGUUGAUUUUACUUUUAAAGGUGGGAAAUAUUGGAUUUUUUCUUUGAAGUUUUGCUGUUUAAAAAUAUAAGAACAGCCAUGCAGCAGCACUUACUAAUCAGGCCAACACAGACUAGAGCACUGAACUGUUUCCUAUUACAGACCAGUCACAGAUCUAAACCAAAGCUGAUCUGGUCCUCAAACUGCUGGGAAUAUAGGGCUAGUUCAGAUGACAGGUUUCUUCAAGAAAAUGUGCUCUUAAAAUGUUAACUUUUUUAAUGCAGCUAUUAUUUUUGAAUAUGUAUAUGUAAUGCUGUGUGAAACUUCUAAAGACCAGAGUUAGAAUGAGUGCUGAUGAACUGCAGAUCUAAUAUGGUUCUUGGUUGGCCAGAGUUGUUUAUUUCCGGGCCAGACUAAUAUAUUCAUUGCCAUUAUGACAGUGUAAAUAGUCCUGUUGCUACCUGCUACACCAUGCUGUAAGAAUCUAUAGUAAAAAUGGUUCUGAAACCAUAUGUGGUGGAGUUAAACCAAGAGGGGCCAACCACAUGAGUUGCCUGAGUAAUGUGAUUCUGUGCCACAGGAAGCGUCAGCCAUUAAGGGUAUAAUACCACCUUGCUAGGCUGCAUUGAUUAAAGACAUCAUGUGCUACUAGGGGCAACAGAAUUGAUGAUCCCUGAUUUGAUCUUUGAUUUUUGCCGAAUUUGACCGAGAUCGCAGUGGCGGUGUUCCAUCUGUUUUUUUUAAAAAAAACACUGCUACAAAUUAUACAUACUUGGCCCUUAAAAUGCAGAUUGACUAGGUUUGGACUCGGCUGUGAUUCCAUCUAUGGUUGAAUAUUCAGACUCUCUCUCUUACGCACUCAUUCACACAGGCAGACGUACACGUACAAGCACUCUGCUGCCAUUCUGGUGAGAUAAAUAUACCUUCUUACAUAGGUUGGUGCACCAGUGACAUUUUGCUGUUUGGGGAGGAUCUCAUACUACAGUGGCAGUGUCCCUACCUUUGAGCAAGAAGGCCCGUGUUCGAGUUCCACCUGCUCCUGUGUUUCAAAUAAAAAAUCUGAACAGGUCGAUGAAAAAUAUCUUACUGCUGUCUGCAUGUGGAACCCUAGCCCUACUGAACACUCAUCACAUACACUAGUCAGUGCUUAGUCAAAGCAGCUGAGGCAUUUCAGUUAGGUUCUUGUCCUGUUCUGUGUUAAUUGUGACUCUGAAACUGUGCCACGUAUGCUGGUAUUGCUUUGUGCUAGAUCAGCACCACAGCAGCAGACAACAGGGAACGUUCUGAACUGGACCUCACAGCUUAGAUGGGAAAGUAAACCAGCAGCAUUUUAUCAUAUACAGCUGAGGAAAUAUAGGGUGUUUGCAAUAUCAGCUCAAUAUGUGAGCUUCACAUGAUGCUGCCCUCUAAACCACAUUUAGUUCUUCCCUUGAACAGCUCACUGUAAAGACAUUACCGUGUGAAUUUACUGAGGAGGUUCUUCUGUAGGACAGUAGCCUAUGAAUGCCAUUAUUCUGGGGUUGCUGCCAACUUCCCACAUCAGAAAAACCUCUGAGAGGCUUAGGGCCAAUGUCCCUGACCCGUACAGAGAAGCAUGGUCUGUGCAUUGACCCCCAUCAGUACAUGAGUUAGCUCAUCUCAGCCAGGGCCAGAAUACAGGGAAUAGAAUUGACAACUGUGUGCCUGUGUUGAGAAAACAGGGAGGGAGAAAUCUAGACAGACUGCUCAUUAGGGAAUGGUCCUGCUGGAAGUGUGGUUGUGUGAGGGUGCUGUGAUAUAAUCACACUCUCCACAAGUCAUGUAUUGUUGGUUGCUGCUUUCAAAACUGACCACUGAGCAGCCUGUUUACCAGAGUUUUAACCUUGCAACAACAUCCAUUGUUUUCAGGAGAAUUGGAAAAGGCAGCACUUAAUCUUCUAAUUGAGCAUGGCAUUUUGUAGUUGCGUAAAGUACGGUAUUUGAACUGAUUAGUGAGUAAAGCACCAACAUGUGCAUCUUGGUGGGUAUGGCUUCAGGCAUCAGCUCCACCAUUGCCAAGUUACUAUUUGUAGCCCCUCUGAUCAUUGGACAAGAUCAUCCGAAGGGCAGCUUAGCUGCGUAAACUACUCCCUAACAACUGACAGUGGGAGUACAUAGCAUGCCAAGGAUGAUGCACAUUGUGGGAAGGAUCAAUGAAAGGAAAUGAGCUUAAAAAGGAGAUGUAAUUAUCUUUUAGACAAAUCUUCUGGUGUGAAGAAUCAAAGAAAAUUGGGAUAGAGUUUUUUUUAAAAAUACAUUCCUCUGAUAAUUUGAACUUAACCAUUGGCAAGUGGGGUUUAUUAGUAUUGCUGAAUGAUUUAAAACAAUGCACUGUCCUUGGAAAGUUCUAAUUAUUUAUAAACAUAACUUUCUGAAAGACAGGAAUAUACUUAAUUUGCCAGUGUGUGAAAUCUUAAAUCUUUCCCCUUGGCUCUUCGUCUUGCUUUGAGCAGAAAAAGUUUCCAAGGUAGCAGGAUCUGCUUCAGAGCUAGUUUGCAUUGAGGAAGAUUGCCUUUCUUCACUUCUGUUUUUGUGUGUUUGAAGUGACCAUCUCACGUUGUUAUUCACUGAUUGAAAAUUAUGCUCAUGCUGUAGCUUUCUUUACUGAGUGAACCAAACAACAGAGGAUCUGGGUGUAAAGGAGUUGGGGAUUUACGUGAGUAAGUGCAGCACUAUCCUUAUAGAAGGCUUCUUAAAAUGAACAUGUCUAAAAGCAGGUACAACAUAAGCAGCUGUUCAUUUUGAGCAGUCUGCUUGAAACAUUGGAAUAUUUCAAACUAGCUUUUACAUGAUCAUCCUGAUGUUUCUGAUUUCCUUUUUAAAGGAAAUGCAUUGACAAACAUCAGAAUUCCUUUUUGUAUCCUAUAAUUUUAAUUCUGAAAUAAUUUUUAUUUAAAGCAUUCUUUAGAGGGUUGUGAAUUCCAAGGAUAUAUAAACCCCCAAACUCUGCUAAUUUAAAAUGUGCCAAAGCUACAAAUUGAGGACUGCACAGGCAGGAGAACAAUUAGCCAACAUUACAGCUCCUGUUUUCUCUCUUCUAAGGCUCCUGGUGCAGUCUGUAUGCAUAGCCAUCCGUUGUGCUUCUGAGUAAACUCUGACGGUAGCCCUCCUCCAAGAUCCAGUAGCCAAUCAGCAUGGUAUGCCAAGCCUUGUGUGCAAGUAUUAGCAUCUUGAAUAUGGUCUGAGAGAGAACCCAACACUCCAUUGCUGCCUCCUGAGGGCAUAAAAAUCAGGGAGAAAUUGGGGUUAUUGUCCAUAAGGUGAAGUCAGGAACUGUACCUGACAUUUCACAUAAGCUGAAUUUGAUUUUGUUUAGCUCAGUUUGGGAUUGUUAUCUCUGAAUUCCAACAUGGAAGAAAGAGAGAGAGAGAGAUUUUUGAGGAGUUGCGGGGCGGGAGGGUGUAGUGAGUCUUUCAGGCUGUGAUCUCCAAAGAUAGACAUUGCACUCUUGAAAUUUCUCCCACUUAGGUUUCUGCUUUCUCUGAAGCCAUAUGGUAUAUAGCCUUCGGUCUUGUCUCAAAGAACUGUGACAUAUAAUUUUGUGAAUUGUAGUAUCAGAAUGUGAACGCUGUAUUCAUAUCUCAUGAAGAUUUUCAAAACAUUACCUUGUGCACCAGUUUCAUACAGCAAGACUUCUUGUGAGAAAUGCAUGUCCUUUGGAGGACAUGACCUUAUUUAGAAAGCUAUUCAGAUCGUAAGCAUGUUUAAUUGGAGCAGGUUCAAUUCUUGACAUCCCUUUGUGUGAGGAAAAUGAAACUCACCAAUGGCCCAAAGAAUCAUUCAGGAGUUUGACUUGGUUGUGCUCUCUGAGAAAUGCCAGUGCUUCAUGUUCAGUGUAUUGGGCUGUGGUUUAGGUGUGCUGUUAACUUCAUAGUUUGAGGAGAAUUUGGCUGGCUCCAGAGGAGAUCUAAUCUUCAGUGUGUUGUUAUCAUAAAACGGUUCCGAUGCCACGAACACCAAUGUAUGUUGUUCAUUAGAUUUCAGAAACUUCCUUUCUCUGCCUGUUCAUCAACUGAUGUUGAGUUCAUUCACCUUAUUCUUUGCAUCGUCAAUAAAAAAAAGUCACGAAA